AUGACGACGACGGAGAAAGAAGUGAUGCUGGUCGGAUUGGACGAUAGCGAGCACAGCGUCUACGCACUAGAGUGGAUUCUUGAUCACUUCUUCACCCCGUCCACUGCGCAUUCUCCGUUCAAAUUGGUGCUUGUCCACGCCAAGCCUACUCCUAUUGCUGCCAUCGGCCUCGCCGGUCCUGGUGCCGCCGAUGUUCUGCCGUACGUGGAUUCGGAUCUGAAAAGGAUAGCUGCUAGAGUCAUUGAAAAAGCCAAGGAGAUUUGCGUCGCUAAAUCAGUGAAUGAUGUGACAGUGGAAGUUGUGGAAGGAGAUGCUAGAAAUGUUCUCUGCGACGCUGUAGAAAAACACCAUGCCUCAAUGUUGGUUUUGGGUAGUCAUGGCUACGGAGCUAUAAAGAGGGCUGUGUUGGGUAGUGUAAGUGACUAUUGUGCUCAUCAUGCUCACUGCACUGUGAUGAUUGUGAAGAGGCCUAAGAUCAAACAUUAA